GAGCCAGGAAGAAAGCUGUGACCAGCAGCGUCCUUUACUCCCUUGGCCUCAGUGCCUAGCCACAGCUGGGCACUGGCCUCUGCUGCCACCGCCUCCCACAGAGACCCCAUCUGUAGGCGCUGCAGCCUAUUGUCCAGCCCCACGCCUCAGGAUGGAUGUCCUGGAGACCUCCAAGUUGCUGGAUGAGGAGCUCUACUCACGGCAGCUGUAUGUGCUGGGUUUGCCGGCCAUGCGGAGGCUACAGGAGGCUAAGGUCCUGCUGUCCGGCCUUCAGGGUCUGGGGGCCGAGGUGGCCAAAAACCUGGUCCUGAUGGGUGUGGGCAGCCUCACUCUGCAUGAUCCCCACCCCACCUGCUGGUCUGACCUGGCUGCCCAGUUCUUCCUCUCGGAGCAGGACUUGGGAAAGAGCAGGGCCGAGGCAUCUCUGGAACUUGUGGCCAAGCUCAACGGAGCCGUCCGGGUCUGCGUCCACACAGGCGACAUUACCGAGGACCUGCUGCUGGGCUUCCAGGUGGUGGUGCUGACUGCCUCGGACCUAGAGGAGCAGCUGAAGGUGGGCACCUUAUGCCGUAAGCACGGAGUCUGCUUUCUGGUGGCCGACACCCGGGGCCUCGUGGGGCAGCUGUUCUGUGACUUUGGGGAAAACUUCACUGUGCAGGACCCCACAGAGGCAGAACCCCUGACAGCUGCCAUCCAGCACAUCUCCCAGGGCUCCCCGGGCAUUCUCACUCUGACAAAAGAGGCUAAAAACCACCAAUUCCAUGAUGGGGAUUUGGUGACUUUCUCCGGCAUUGAGGGCAUGGUCGAGCUCAACGGCUGUGCUCCCCGGCCCAUCCGCGUGCAGGAGGAUGGGACCUUGGAGAUUGGGGACACAACAAAUUUCUCCUGUUAUUGGCGUGGUGGGGUUGUCACCGAGGUCAAGAAAACCAAGACUGUGAGCCAUAAGCCCCUGGAUGCAGCCCUGCUCCAGCCUCGUGUGGUGGCCCCGAGUGCCCCGCAGGUUCACCGUGCCCACUGCCUGCAUCAGGCCUUCCGUGCACUGCACAGGUUCCAGCACCUCACUGGCCGCCCACCCAAGCCCUGGGAUCCCGCUGAUGCAGAUAGGGUGGUGAGCCUGGCCCAGGACCUGGACCCACUGAGGAGGACAGAUGGAGAGCCAUUGGAAGAGCCACUGGAUGAGGCUCUUGUGCGGACAUUCGCCCUGAGUAGUGCUGGUGGCUUAAGCCCCAUGGCAGCCAUGCUGGGCGCAGUGGCCGCCCAGGAAGUGCUAAAGGCUGUCUGCAGGAAGUUCAUGCCCCUGGACCAGUGGCUGUACUUUGAUGCCCUUGAGUGCCUCCCAGAAGAUGGGGAGCCCCUUCCCAAUCCCGAGGACUGCUCACCGAGAGGCUGCCGCUACGACGGGCAAAUCGCGGUAUUUGGGGCUGGUUUUCAGGAGAAGCUGAGCUGCCAGCACUACCUCCUGGUGGGUGCUGGUGCUAUCGGCUGUGAGCUGCUCAAAGGCUUCGCCCUCGUGGGCCUAGGGGCCGGGAGUGGCGGGGGCGUGACAGUUGCUGACAUGGACCACGUGGAGCGCUCCAACCUCAGCCGUCAGUUCCUCUUCAGGCUUCAGGACGUUUAUAGGCCCAAGGCAGAGGUGGCUGCAGAGGCCGCUCGCCGCCUCAACUCAGACUUGCAGAUGACCCCGCUCACCUACCCUCUGGAUCCCACCACAGAGCACAUCUACGGCGACAACUUCUUCUCCCGUGUGGAUGGUGUUGUCGCCGCCCUGGACACUUUCGAGGCCCGGCAUUACGUGUCUACUCGCUGCAUCCACUAUCUGAAGCCACUGCUGGAGGCGGGCACGCAGGGUACCCAGGGCAGUGCUUCAGUGUUCAUACCGCACGUGACUGAGGGCUACUCCGCCUUGGCUACAGCUUCUGAGGACAUCACCUACCCUGUUUGCACCGUGCGGCACUUCCCCACCAAAGUUGAGCACACCUUGCAGUGGGCCCGGGAUGAGUUUGAGGGGCUCUUCCAUCUGUCUGCUGAGACCAUUAACCGCCACCAGCGGACACCUACUUCUCUGGCAGACACAGAGGGGCCACAGAUGCUGACCCUGCUGCAGGUGGUACUGGGUGUCCUGAGAGAGCGUCCACAGACCUGGCAAGACUGUGUGCUGUGGGCCCUCGGCCAGUGGCAACUGUGCUUCCAUUAUAGAAUCAUGCAGCUGCUCAGGCGUUUCCCACCUGAUAAAGUGCUUAAGGAUGGAAGACUUUUCUGGUCAGGUUCCAAACUGUGUCCUCAGCCCUUGGAGUUUGACUCCAGUCAAGACAUGCACUUCCUCUACGUGCUGGCAGCGGCUAACCUGUAUGCCCAGAUGCAUGGGCUGCCUGGCUCACGGGACCAGACUGCGCUUAGGGAAAUGCUGAAGUUGCUGCCACCGCCUGACCCCCAGCACCUGGCUUCCAUCUUGCCUAGUGACCUGGUUUCUGCUGAACUUGGCCCUGAGCAAGUACAGAGACUGCAUGAAGUCUGGAGCGUGGGCCCCCCCCUGCAGCCCCUGAGGUUUGAGAAGGAUGAUGACAGCAGCUUCCAUGUGGACUUUGUGGCAGCAGCAGCCAACCUGAGAGCUCAGAACUAUGGAAUCCCACCAGCCAGCCGCGCCCAGAGCAAGCAAAUCGUGGGUCAGAUUAUCCCAGCCAUUGCCACCACUACAGCGGCUGUGGCGGGCCUGGUGGGCCUGGAGCUGUAUAAGGUGGUGGGCAAGCCACGGCCCCUCAUCACGGCCUUUCGUCACAGCCGUCUGCACCUGGCUGAAAACUACGUCAGCCGCUGGAUCCCUGGAGCUCCAGCCGUCAGGACGUUCCAGGACCUGAAGUGGACCUGUUGGGACCGCCUGAAGGUGCCUGCUGAGCAGCCAGAGAGGACCCUGAAGUCACUCCUGGCCUAUCUCCAGGAACAAUAUGGGUUGAAGGUGAAGAUGCUGCUGCAAGGCACCGCCCUGCUCUACUCGGCAGGAUGGCCAUCUGAAAAGCAGGCCGCGCGCCUGCCCCUCAGGGUGACGGAACUGGUGAGGCAGGUGGCAGGCUGGGUGCCUGAGCCUGGGCAGCGGGUGCUGGUACUGGAGCUCAGCUGUGAAGGUGAGGACGACGACACUGCCUUCCCACCCGUGCACUAUGAGCUGUGACACGGCAGCAACCCUACCACAGCAGUCAAGCGCUGCAUCCUGAGCCCACAGUAGGCGCCCAAUAAAUGCUUAUUGAA